UAGUUUCCCCGGUUAACACCGUUGGUAUAUAUAUGAUUUGUGAGGGAGGAAAAUUGACUAGGGUUUCUUCUCUUCCAGCGUAGGUUCAAAGCUCAACAAUUCGUUUUCGUUUCUUCCUUCCAUUAAAAUCAAUCCAAUUCCAUGGGUUCUGCUUGCAAGGAUGAGAGGGAAGAAGUGAUUCAGGCAUGGUAUAUGGAUGAUAGCAAUGAAGACCAAAGGCUUCCCCAUCAUAGGGACCCAAAGGAAUUUGUGUCCCUAGAAAAACUUGCAGAACUUGGGAUACUUAGUUGGCGUUUGGAUGCUGAUAACUAUGAAACUGAUGAAGCAUUGAAGAAAAUCCGUGAAUCACGUGGAUACUCAUAUGUGGAUUUCUGUGACAUUCGGCCAGAAAAGCUUCCAAAUUAUGAAGAAAAGAUCAAAAGCUUUUUUGAAGAGCAUCUUCAUACUGAUGAGGAGAUCCGCUAUUGUGUUGCUGGAAGUGGGUACUUUGAUGUGAGAGAUAAAAAUGAUGCUUGGAUACGUGUCUGGGUGAAGAAAGGAGGCAUGAUUGUGUUGCCAGCUGGCAUUUAUCAUCGCUUCACACUUGAUUCAGAUAACUACAUCAAGGCGAUGCGGCUUUUUGUUGGUGACCCAAUUUGGACUCCAUUUAAUCGACCACAUGAUGACUUGCCAGCAAGGAAAGAGUAUCUUGAAACUUUUGUGGAGAAAGGGGACACUGUUGAUGCAGCUGCUUGAGAGUUGAGAAAUAAUAUUUGUUGCAAUUAUUAUAUUAUAAUAAAAUACUUACUAAUUAAAAUUAAUAAGCAGCAGUGACUUGCUAUGCUGAUGUAUCUUUCUAUCUCAAUAUCAACAACCGAUGUAUGUAUAUGUACUACAUUAACUUUGUGCCUAAAUCAUAUAUAUGCAUAUGGUAUUAUGGUUA